GUUGCUAAGGGCCCUGCGCCUGGGCCAACAAAAUGGGCCCUUAGCAACGGGGGAGAAGGAUGCUUCCAAGCGGGGAAAAGGCCUCCGGGGAAGGCGCCAUGGCCAGGCAGAGCCCCGAGCCGGCGAUGUUCAGGCACAGGCCGGCCUCGGAGCUGACUCAGGAUAUUUCCCAUUUGUUAACCAGCGUCUUUAAGAGCAUGUAUACCUCAGAGGCAAUAGGAGUGGAGACGGUGGAAAAUAUGAUCAAGUCCCGCGGAGGAAACAACGUCCAUCAUGAGGAGUUUGUGAAAGAGCUGCAAAAGGUCAGGAAUGAAUAUAAUGACCGAUUAGCAGAAGCAGAUAUGUUAGAAAGGCACAUCAUCCAAGCAAGGGCACGGGCCACAGCAGAAGAGGAAAGAAUCUUGAAUCAGUAUAAAGCACAAGUUCCAGAAGAUUACCGUCACAUUGCAUUGCCGCCGGUGAAGUCUACAUUCAGAUGGUGCGUGGAUGAUGAACUUCUAAAGAAACAUAAUUUAAUCAGCCCUAAAGAUUACAUCACGGACCCAGCGCUUAUUACCCGAGCACCUAAAGAAGUAUCUGAGCCUGGCUAUUUGAAAGAAAUCCAGAGUUUUAAACACCAUGUUUCUGACAAUUCAAAUUCUUCCAAAUGGAGAGAAAGUUCCCACAUUAGGAAACUACAAGAGAGUCUACCAGAUGUAUCUUUAUCCAGUUUAACCAUGGAGUCUUCAACUAGUGAUGUUCCAGAUCAAAUUAAAAAAUCAUUCUUUAAGAAGAAAUCUAGCCCCUCCCGGAAGCCAGUUUGGAAGAACAACAUGUCCAGAGCUGAAAGGCAAAAAGACCGUGCCUACCUCCAGAGACUCGAGGAACGCCAUAACUUCCUGAAAAACCCACGUUUUUUCCCACCUAACUCCGUUUGUGGCGGCAAGUCCUUGAUUUUGCCUCAAAAGAGGGUGGAGCAUAUGGUAGCAGGAAGAAAAAAGACUGUGGUUGAAAGCAGUUCCGAGUCCGUGCCUAUCUUCCUAGCAAACCCGCCAGCUGUUGUGUUUUCUUAUUAUGAAGUUGGCCAGGUUUAUGAGAUGACUGUAGAAUUACAGAAUAUGACUUCAACUUCUCAGUGUGUCAGAAUAAUUCCCCCAGCUACAUCAGCCUUUUCUAUUGGGUUGGGAAAAUUUCCAGGUGAAGGAGGCCUUGUUGCUCCUGGAAUGAGUUGUCACUAUGUAGUCCAGUUUAUUCCUGAAUACCUAUCAGAUUAUGAUGAUUACAUACUAGUGGAGUCACAGGCAACAUAUCCGCUCCUGGUCCCUUUGAAAGGCAGAAGGCCACCUCCUAUUUUAACAUUGCCUCUCACCUUAGACUGCGGAGCCUGCCUUGUGGGAGGUGUAAAGUUUAUAGAGUUUCCUUGCAAAAAUGAAGGUUCUAGCAUUGGGAAGUUUUGCAUAAUGCCAAAGAAUAUAUGGCCACCCCCUAACUUCCGAGCUGUUGCCACCUUUGGCUAUGUGGAACAUGACGUAUUUGGGAUUCGACCAGCAGUUUUUGAGCUAGCUCCUGAUCAGUCCACAGUAAUUGAGGUCGUGUUCAUGCCCCUUUUACCUGAAGUUGUUUCAGUGACGUACCUCAUUGUUUGUGACAAUUGUCAGAUCAGCGAGAUUACUGUAACAGGUCUUGGGCAGCUGAUAGCCUUGAAACUUCUAUCUGUCACAGGUGGAGAAAGCAGUCCCCUACUUGGUGAGCUUACAGAUGUGACAGCACAACAUCUCAUACGUUUUGAUUCUGUGAACCCCUACUCUGUGGCAGAGAAAACUCUGGUUCUAAGAAAUAUUACCCACGUGGAGCUUUCCUUUUUCUGGCAGAUAAUGAAACCUAAUCUGCAGCCUUUAAUGUUGGAAGGAACGGUGGAUCUUACAAAGAUAAAAUACAACCUAGAAAAAGAGUCAGCUUUCUCUAUAACUCCUUCCAUGGGAAGGCUCGAUGCACAUUCUGACCACUCAUUUACGCUCACAUAUGCUCCAAAAAAGCUGAAGGAGUAUCACAGUGUGCUUCAAAUUGUGCUAGAGGAUAUACCAGAACUACCUAACUCUCAAAAACCAUGGCUGUAUGAUACUAGAGAAGUCCGACAAGAGGAUGUUAUCGCCCUGGAAAUAGAUGUUAAAGGAUGUACAGAACCAUUUCAGCUCCUUUUAGAACCAUAUGCCAUUAUCAUCCCAGGAGAAAACUAUAUUGGCGUAAAUAUUAGAAGAACAUUGAAGAUGUACAAUAAUAGCAAAUCCCCAGUCACAUUUGUCUGGGGGAAAAUCAGUGAUUGUGACAUAGUGGAAGUUGAACCUUAUACUGGAGAGUUAGGAGAAAACGAAUUCUGUGAGUUUGAGUUUGUUAUUACUGGAGGCAAACCUGGACAUUCCUGUCAUAAACUGGAGUGUAAGAUCAUGAACUCUGCAGAGCCAGUGGUGUUGCAUGUGGAAGCUGAUUUUAAGGGUCCUCUCCUUUCCAUUGAUGUGCCAUCACUUGACUUGGGCCUUCUUAAGCUGGGGGAAAAAGUGUCAUGCACUUUGGAGAUAGGAAACCUAAGUCAACUGCAAGGGAGAUGGAAAAUGCAGGAAAGUCCUGCUUGCAUAGCUGACAGGGGUGAAGAGGCCUCUCCUUUUACUAUUAAGCCUUCUAGUGGAGAAUUGGGUCCUCUAGGCACAUGCAGUGUAUCUGUUUUAUUUACCUCAUAUAUGUGUCAGUUUCUCCAGACAGUGUUAGAGAUGGAAGUGGAAAAUGGAACUGGAAGCCAUAUCCCAGUCUCUGUGCAAGUUCAGACUCCUCAUGUGUGCCUACUGUCAAGUCGUUUGCAUUUUGAUCUUUCUAUUGGAAUUCCUGCAGAAGCAACUGUCCGGCUUUUUAACCAGACACUGCUCCCAACCCGCUUUCAAUGGGGAGAGCUCCUUGGAAGACAGGCUUUUUCCUGUGUAGCGGUUAGCAUCUCUCCAGAAAGUGGCAUUUUAGGUCCAAAUGAGGAGAAGGAAUUGCGUGUGGUGAUAAUGACUAGUACUAAGGAAAAGCUGAGUGACCUUACCUUGUGCUGUAGCAUUGAAGACAUGUUGGAUCCAAUCUUUUUGGCUAUUUCUGGUGAAGUAAAGGGGUUGCAUGUCACAUAUUCUAUACCCUUUGAAAGUGAUGAGCAACAAAAAUCAGAGGAUUCUCAAGAACUACAAUUAGACUUCGGUUCUGAAGUGACAUUGAAGAGUAUCCUAAAACGUCAUCUGAUUAUUACCAAUCAUUCUGAAUUAGCUGCUCUAUUCACAAUAGAGGUUGACUAUUUUAGCAGCUGCCCACUAUCUUCAGAUGAACAUGGUUCAAAUGUUGAUAUGGCCAUAGAAAAAACAAGACGAAUAACCCAACAGCUUGCAAAGAGAAAACAAUCAGCUUUUAGAGCUGCCAUGUUGUCUCAUGGGAAAGGAGCAACUUUCCAUGUACACCCUUCUUCAGGAACUCUGAAGGCCUUUGAAGAGCUUUCUGUAGAAAUAACAGCCUAUAACAACAUGUGGGGACAUUACGAGGAUACUCUCAUCUGUAAAGUAGGAGAAUCGGAGCCUGUGUUGAUUCCCAUCCAAAUGACUGUGAAAGGCUGUCCAAUCUACUUGCAGAUGACAGGACCAAACCAUCCAAUGCCGACUCCCAUAAUCAGGUUUGGGGCCCACAUCUCUGGAGGAGACACAGUCUCUCGUCAUCUUCGUCUUAAUAAUCCCACUCCCUUUGACAUUCGGAUGGAUUGGGAAACCUAUAACCAGGAUAAAGAUGAUGACAAAUUGGUGGACCUCUUAGUAUUUUAUGGUGCUCCUUUCCCAAUUAAAGACAUAGAUGGCAAUGAGAUUGAAAUCCUCUGGGAGUCUGAAAUAUCCCAGGAUAAAACCUGUCACACCUCAGCUUCCACAUCAUUUGCAUCUACCAGGGAAAAUGCAAGUCUGGAAUCAGUUUCUGAGAACGAUGAAGGAAGUGAUGAUACAUCAUUACAGCAAUCCACCCCAAAGCAAAUAAUUUCUGUGGUCAUCAGAGCUCAUGAGGGUGUGCCUUCAGACUAUCCAUUCUGCAUAACUCCCAAGCAAGUUGUUAUUCCUGCUGGUGGUUCUGCUGCUAUCCACGUUUCUUUCACUCCACUUAUGCUGCCUGAGAUCAUUAAUAAAUUUGAAUGUGAAGGCUUCGCCCUUGGCUUCAUGAGUUUGGACAACACGGUGGCUAAGGAGAUCCCUGGGAAAGUGACUCGUGGGGAUGGAUACACUGUGCCACCUCUGAGAAUUGAUCUGCAAGCCUUUGUCAAGCCUGCUUUGUUAACUGUUGAAAUGGAUCACGAGAGGGGCUUGGAGUUUUAUGCACUGGCUUGUGGUCUGAUUCCAGCUAAUCCCCUUAAGGGUGUUUUGACAGAUUCAGCCACCACUGUCAAUGUGAAGCUCACCAACAAUACUGAGACACCUUUGUCCUUCAAGCUCAUUUUAACAACGCCCUUCUCUGUGUCUGGAGUUGACCCCAAAAAGAGAAUAAAAACAUCUCACAGUGACAAAGAUGACAGAGGGAACCACCUUCUCCUUUGUGCACUAGAAAAUAUGCUGGUUAAGGUAUCCUUCCACACAACCCUGGAAUUACUAACUUACCAACAUCUUCCAGAAGACCAGAUGCUCCCUGGACUUCAAGUGCUCCACCAUGAAAAUGGAGACAAAAUACUAGAGUUUCAGCAAGAUCUAGUCAUCGAAUACAGCAACAAAGCAACCCAGGUGUUGCCCAUGAUAGCCUACCUGACUGUCCCAGUGCUUGAACUCUCUUGUGAUACAAUUGAGUUUGGAACUUGCCUUGCAAACCAAACAAGGACUGAAUCUGUUCUUGUGAUGAAUAAGAGUGGAUGCAGGAGCUAUUGGACUGCAUUGUUGAAUGAACAAGAGCGGCACAGAGACCCUGAAGUAUUUUCCAUUGCCCCAAAUAAUGGCAUUCUUGAAGCACACGUAUGUAGCUUGCCUACCAAAGAGGUUCUGCUGGUCCACUUCACACCAAGGGAGGACAUAGAUUAUGAAACCAUUGUGACAAUUGUUGGAAUGCUGGGGGAGAAGCCCUGUCUGCUUUGUGUCCGAGGAAAAGGCUCUUAUGAUGAGAAAUAUGAAGAGAGGCACAAAACCUAACCACUCAGCCACUUUCAUAGCAGGCAAAGAAAAAGAUGCCAAUAAAUGUGGCUGUAAGUAUGCGCUGGCCUAUGAUCGUAAUAAAGAUGAGCUAGAAUUAGCUGUAAAUUCAUUUAGUUUUGUUUUUUCAUAAUAAGAUGUAAUAUUUUUGGUAUGCAUAGGCUUCAUGUCUGAAAUUAGAAACUUGUUUCUGUAGGUAACUGAGUAGCAAAACAACUGAACCUCCAGCUAACAGCAACUAUGGAGUGACUGUAACAAUUAUCUGCUUUAUCCACCAAUAUGGCUUUAAUGUGACUCUUCCCUCCCAAAAAACAGAAAUACGUAGUGUCAAACCAUCCAGCAGACAAGAAGCUCUUUUAUCAUGCCCACCUGUGUCAAUACAAGAUGCUGGGGACUUCAGUCUUCACUGCUCCCUUUGUGGGCCCCAGGCUUGUUCCUGAACUAGCACAUAAAGGAGACUUAGAACAGUUAUGUUCUACUUUACAUAUUCCAAAAUCUGGCCUGGUAACACGGGAAUAAUCACACUACUACUUUGUACACAGUUCAAGGCUUCUCUUUCAGCAAAGAAACAAGGAAUCCACAAGGGUUCUUUAUGCAUGCCCCACGUGUCCUGUUGAGUACAUGCUGAAGGCUGAGUAGAAAGUAAUAAAAAUACUCUGGCUUGGGCCCAGAGUACUUGGAGGACCGCCUCUCCCCAUACAAUCCGCCCCGCACUCUCAGGUCAGGUGGGAAAAAACUGUUGAGAGUUCCUAAGACGAGAUAUGUAGGGACUGCGCAAAGGGCUUUCUUUGCGGUGGCCCCGCAGUCUUGGAACUCUCUCCCUGAGGAGCUCCACUCGGCCCCCUCCCUGGAGUCAUUUAAGAAAAAUCUCAAGACUCACUUAUUCCGCCAAGCCUUCCCCCACAUGUCCUGAUUGUCAUCUUCUCCUGUGUAUUGCGUGUUGUUUAGAUUGUUAUUGAUUUUAACUGGUUUUAAUUGUUAGCUAUGAAUGAUGGAUUUUUAAUGAUGUAUUUUAUUAUAUGGUGCAAUAUGGGGGAUUUUCAUGGUUUAAUUUUUAUCUGUAAACUUUUUGUUUCGCACUGUAUUGUAUUUCAUUAUUAUCUUGUAAACCGCUGUGAUCGAAGGAAUGGCGAUAUAUAAAUAAAAUCUCAU